GUUCCUUACAGAGGAAACUGGGAAUCAAAGCUAAGCUGGAGUUGAGGUCCCUCUCCAUUUCAGUGCUGUCAUGCAUUUCCCACUCUUCCAUAACCGCCAUCCUUCAACACGACACCGUUUCAAUCUAGGGUUUUCCUGAACCCCCUUUUCCCCUCCCUUCGCAAUGGCCGUUAGGGGCGUCAAUUUCCAGUGGUACGAUGGGUUCUUCCUAUCCAUGCUCGCCACCAGCGUAGUUGUUGUGGCAAUUAGUUGGAAGCGCUACCAAUCUUGUAGCUACCCUUUGCAUCUAUGGAUUAUGAUUGAUUACACUGCUGUGUUUACUUUCCGGCUUUUGAUGUUUGUUGACAAUGGACUUGCUUCUGGAAUGGGUUUAGAUUUUGGGUGGCAGCAGAGAUAUGCUCGUUUCUGUGGAAGAGUGGUUGUCCUUUCAAUCCUUGCAUUGCUUCUCUAUCCAUUUCUUUGGGUUUGGACUAUAAUUGGUUCUCUGUGGUUCAUCAGUUCCAAGACUUGUUUGAAUGGAGAUGGUAAAAAAUAUGGCUUUCUCAUCUGGUUACUUUUUAGCUACUGUGGACUCAUUUGUAUUGCUUGCAUGUCAAUGGGGAAGUGGUUGACACGAAGACAAGCACAUCUAUUACGUGCCCAACAGGGUAUUCCUAUAUCUGAAUAUGGGGUUCUAGUUGAAAUGAUCCGAGUGCCUGAUUGGGCAUUUGAAGCUGCAGGUCAAGAAUCAAGGGGCAUGAACCAAGAUGCUGCUGCAUAUCAUCCUGGACUUUACCUAACUCCAGCUCAGCGAGAAGCAGUCAAAGCUUUAAUUCAGGAACUCCCAAGGUUCAGCCUAAAGGCUGUUCCAACUGAUUGCAGUGAAUGCCUCAUCUGCUUAGAAGAGUUCCGUGAAGGCAAUGAGGUUCGUGGUCUUCCUUGUGCUCACAAUUUUCAUGUUGAAUGCAUCGACGAAUGGCUUCAGCUGAAUGUGAAAUGUCCUCAGUGUCGUUGCUCGGUUUUUCCAAAUCUUGAUCUUAGUGCUCUGUCCAAUAUUCGUUCCGAAUAUCAGCAGUCUUCUGAGAGUAGUGUUGGAACAUCAACCAGAUAUGUGCAACUGCAACCUUCUAGCCAGAGUUACCUGUUGAGAUUACAAGGACUUGUCCACCCAGUGCAUUCUGAAAUUACAGGGCCAAAUGGGGAGACAGACAACGCGAUAGAAAAUGCCGAAAAUGGUGUUGUACCUGGUACAACAAGAAAUGUGUCUAACUUGUGACCAGGGCUCUGUUGAAAUAAAUGCAUUACUGUUACUCUCUACAGAAAAUUAUACUUCUUUUUGAACUUUUAUAUUUCUAACCCAUUCUAAGGAAGUUGAAGGACAGAUAUCCGUAUCCAGCGAUUGGCUGAAGCUUUUGGAAUUGUCUACUAGAAAUUUCCUGUUUUUGAUCCAUGAAGAAAUGGAUCAGUUUCCUUUUUCUGAGGAAUCUUGCAGAAAUAACACUUGAUAGAUGAAAGUACACCUUUUUCGCUUAGGAAAAAAAAUAGGGUUGGACCUGCAGAUGUGUGUAUAGUGAUCUAAUAAUUGUAAGAGUUGAAAAUUCUCAAAGUUGUAUGUUGCAGUUUAUUUUUUCUA